UUUGAAGUCCACAUCGAUCCAAAGGAUCUUCGAGUCGACACAUUCAGAUCUCGUGGUCCUGGGGGGCAAAGUGUUAACACAACAGACAGCGCAGUGCGCGUAGUUCAUCUUCCGACAGGAAUAACUGCAGAGUGUCAGCAGACUCGAUCUCAGCUGCAAAACAGAGAAACGGCCAUGCGCAUGUUGAGAGCCAGGCUCUACCAAGGCAUGAUGGGUAAAGAGACUGAACAGAGGAAUACAGCACGAAAGCAGCAGGUGGGCACACGCUCUCAGUCAGAGAGAAUUCGUACCUACAACUUCAGUCAGGAUCGUGUCACAGACCACCGCACCGGAUAUACAACGAGGGACAUCAAGGAGUUCGUGAGAGGUGGGGAGGCUCUCGAUGAUCUGAUCUCUGAUAUACUUGAACACACAGAGAAGGAGGCUCUUCUCGAGGCGGCGGAGAACAGCAGCAGUUUGAAACGAACAGAGUCUGGACCGUCUGCAGACUGAGACCAACAGCAGCUUAUGGGAGAUGUGCUUCCUGACAUAUCUGACUGCUCUGUGCCUGCAGAACACAUGUUAUUCUAUUAUUUGGGCAAUUAAUUGCAAAUGAUGCAAUGUAAGACAAACCAAAAGUAACAGAGGUUUUUAUUUUUGUAAUAAAAUGUAACUUGUGUGUUUUGUGCCUUUGCAGUUUUCUAAAUAACACUAAAGAUUAAGGAGGGAGUAACAUGGUAUUUAAACUUGAACACCUUUAACAGGCCUAUCAUUACAGUUUUAGCUAAUAUGGGUUUUAAAACUGCUGCUUUUUAAAAAUAAUGAACACACUGAAUCACACUUACUGGCCAUUUUAUUAGGCACAUGUGUUCAAUCAGUGUCACUGGGCAGUUACUAGACAGAUUCUCUAUAGGGAGAUGACAAACACUCUCAAUUCAAAAUACCAUCCCCCAAGUAGAGACCGUUUAACAAAUCAUUUGGUCCCUGUUUGGUAUGAGGUUGAAAAGCGCAAUCUGAUCUCAGAUCUGAAACAUGUCACAAAGGCAGUCAUUACAGCUGAUGGAUGGACAAGUUCUACUCAAGACCAUUACCUCACUGUAAUGUUGGUACUAUGUCAGAUGAGGCCAGAAUAAGGAAAAAGUCCACAAAAUAAGGCAGUCUAUGAAUUACAGAUGGGGACAUCUGUGGCAGAGAAAUCCUGGAGGAGUUUGGAGUAAAAGAGAAGGUUGUGGCAUGCAUGGAUGUAGCUGUGAAAAAGGUGAAAUUUAUCAAGCUGCCACGUUUUGCACACACACUAAAUCUUGGACGCCGAAAGCUGUACAGCUGCAAUACAGUUUCCAACUGGACAGGAAGGAUUCAUUCUGUGAUCAUAUGGAUGAAGAGAUCCCACAUGGCAAGAGUAAUCCUCAAGGAGAAGCAGUAACUUCUUGGUAUGAAUACUUUUUAAAUACUUGAAUAAAAGUCAGCCAAAAUGUAAAUCAACAGAUUAGGAUCAAUAUAAAAUGAUAACAUCAUGUUUGUGAUGAUGGAGAGAUUCUGUCAGCAGUUUUCAGCCAUCCAAACUGCAGCUGUAGACCUCUGCCUAAGAAAGCCCAUCAAGAAGGAGAAGUAUAUAAUCUUUGGGGUAUAUAAAAAUUGGUUGCUUAAACAUAUUAACAUAUUAAAAUGUGUUUAUUAUUUUUUUUUAUAUUGCAGACUUGGCAGAAUUGGCAAUGAGGACAUGCAGAGGAGUUUCUGGUGCUGAUGUUGAAGCAUUACAUGUCCACGCUUGCUGUGUUUAGUGAAAAAAGUCUGACCUGUGGCCAGAGACUGCCCAUCCUUCUGCAGCAGAGAGUGGAUCAAGAAGUCCAACUGCAUAGAAGUCUUUUUCCCAUUCCAAUCAAGGACAGUGCCACAGUCUGGUGGUGGAUGAAGAAGGACUCAUUGCCACUGUUAUCAACUUUAGCUGAGAAGUGUCUCUGUGUCCAAGCCUUCUCCACCCCAACUGAGAGAUCUUGUAUCCUUUCUGAAAUAGAAAACAUGCACAUUUUUCACUCAAAAACUGUUAAUUUGCAAAAGUUCAUAAUUGCAGUUGGAUUUUAUGUUAAAGUGUUCAUUUGACAGAGGAACUUUUAUUUUUUAAACCAGCUUUAAUUUUGUUUGAGUCGAAUACAAAUUGUUGAUGUAUACUUGAUCAAAUCAAAUCACUUUUAUUGUCACAUCACAUGUGCAGGCAC